CACCCUCACUCCCGACAGGGCUGAUAUAAAAAGCCGACAAGGAAGAGCUUUCCUUCAUUGUAAUUCAAUCCUGAGUCGUGUCGGGUUGUUUCAUUAUUCCAUCUACUCACCGUUCUCCAUUUCACACAAAUUCGUUUCAACAAUAUGCCGAUCGACCUGUACUACUUGGAGGCCAGCGCCCCUUGCCGCUCCGUCAUGAUGACGGCCAAAAUGGUCGGCGUUGAACUCAACUUGAAGAAAACGGAUGUGAUGGCCGGAGACAACAUGAAGCCCGAAUACAUCAAGAUGAAUCCGCAACACAACAUCCCCACCAUCGACGACGAUGGCUUUUACCUGAACGAAAGCAGAGCUAUUUGCGCAUAUCUGGUCAACAAGUACGCAAAGGACGACACUCUCUACCCAAAAGAUCCCAAAGUUCGUGCCUUGGUCGACCAACGUCUCUACUUUGACAUGGGCGUAUUCUACCAUCGUUUCGGUCUAGUCUACUAUCCGGUCAUGCUCAAAGGAGCCACCAAGAUUGAUGAAAGCGCCAUGAAGGAUUUGGAGGGCGCACUUGAUUUCCUGGAAACUUUCCUGGGCCAAAAUAAGUAUGCAGCAUGCGAUCACUUGACGAUCGCCGACCUUUCGUUGGUAGCCUCGGCUUCCACCUUUUUGGCUACUAACAAGACCAUCUUCGACAAACAUCCCAAGAUUCAGAGCUGGUUGGAAACUUGCAAGGCCGAGAUCACAGACUACGAAGAUACCAACAACCGUGGAGCUGAAGCCUUUGGACAGUGGGCCGGAGCUGCUCUUUCCAAGUUGGAAUCUGCAUAAAUCUAAAGCAUUUGAAAGAAAAAUACUGCCUACUAUUACAAAAUGUUAAUUUUUGGAUACAAGUUUAUAAUACAAAAAAUUUAUCAGCAUUUCAUACUUACCAUUUCUUUUAAAAUUUCAAUUCAAGUCACCAACUAAAAGUUUACAAUUUUAUUAAAUUCUGAAAAAAAACGUAAGUAAUUAAAUUAAAGCUAAUUUUUGAUUUUUUAAAGAAAUAAACAGUCGACAAAAAUGUUGUUGAUCAAUAUUGUACACUGUAUUCUUACUCUCAUUUAUCGAUACCAGAGCAAGGACAAAAACACGGGAAAUUCAUCUAGAUAGUGAUGUUUUCUUAUUAACUUUAAGCUGUUCUCCCAACAUGUCGCCAUGAAACCACAUCUUUACAAUUUUUUUCAAAUGGCUGCAAUGUAUUCCCAGUCCCUUGUUAAAAUUCCUCCUUCCAGCCAGUGCUUCGAAAACACUGCCCCUUAAUUUGCGUAAAUAUUUUAUACUGACCCAGAUUAAUCGAAAGACGGUCAUGUUUGAGGGAUGAUAAUAGAUUUUUGAAACAAGAGUCCAUUUCCGAGUGACAAGAAAGGGGGACAAAAUUGUUAGUAGUCAAUAAUAAUAGAUGUAAUACACGGGAAUGUAGUUGCUCUAUAAAUUACCAUCAGGCACUCGCAUACACUCCCACGCGCCAAUGAAAAUAAUAAAUGACUACUAAUGAUGUAAUUAUAUAAAGGAAACAAUGUACACCCGAAAUACGCGCUUCUUCUGAAAAUGGAAAAUUACUUUUUCCAUUUUAAACUUUUCGUUUUUUCUUUUACUGCACAAGUAAAAUCCCCCCUUCAACUAUCACGAAACAAAUCCAAACUUUUUCUUUCUUUUUUAAAUACAAUGGGUACGGAUGAUCCGACAGUUGAAAAAGGGGGAUUGGGUCCAGUAACUCGGCAGGCGAAGAUCUCAAACAAGUUUGUUUCCAAUUUUUUCAAAUUUGAUUUUUUGAGCAAACAAAAAAAUUAAAAAAAAGUAAACUAAACUAGCCCAACAAAAUUAGAGGGAGAUAAAAUCGCAGAGUAUUAACUACCCCGCAAUCUCCAAACAUCAACAGAAUUUACUCACAAACAUGCAAUAAGUGCGACGGUCGAGUUAUUAUUUUUUUUUAAAUCAUCCUUAAUCUGCAAAUCCGCUUGUCUCAACCGUUUC